GGACACCACAUCAUGGCCUCCGAAGCUAUGCGCCCCAGGGGCAGACCAGCCCAUACCCCGGGGACUACUGUACUGGCAUACACACCGGACGGACGCCGUGUCAUCACAGGUGGCUCCAACUCUGCAAUUCGAAUCUACACGGUCGGACAAGAUGGAGAACCGAAAACCGUCGACGAGGGUAACGACGGCCACAUGGGAAUUGGUGCCACCAACGACACGUUCAUCCUGGGCGCGGAGGACGGCACGGUUUGGCAGUACGAGAUGGAAUCGGGCCGGAUGGAAAAACUGCUGGUACGAUGCGCGCUGCCGGUGCGGGAUAUCGCCGUUUCCAAGGACGGAGAAUGGGCGGCUGUGGCGAGCGAUGAGCUUACAGUGAAGAUCGUGAACAUCGAGGACAUGACCAAAGUCAAAGUCCUUCGGGAGCAGGCGAAGGGAACGAAACACGUCACUUUCGAUCCGAGUGGACGAUACGUCGCUGUGUCUUGUACGGACGGGCUGCUUUACAUCUAUUCUACGCUCUCCGAUGAACCGGAGUUGGUCCGGAAGUUGGACGGCGUGAUCCGGCGCCUGGAGCCGGAGGAUGAGGCUACGUCCCGGAUCGUCUGGCAUCCUGAUGGAACGGCGUUUGCGUCUGCCGAAGCGACGCGCGACAUUGCGAUCUUCUCGACGGGCGAGUGGAAGAAGGAGAAGGUGUUUUCUGGUGGUCACAACGGCGAUGUCACUGCCAUUAGCUGGUCCCCCAAUGGGGCGCUUCUGGCGACAGCUGGUGCGGAUGGUCGGAUUUUGCUGUGGGAGACGAAGACGCAGAAGGUUGUACAGCGCUAUGACUUUCCGAAUGUGAUCAACCUUGCGUGGCACCCAAGCAACAACUCGCUCUCAUUCACAACGUCGGAUGGAGAGCUGUUCAUAUAUGAUGGGAUAGUGCCAAGAGAACACCAACCGCUCCUUCAAAAGCCGCUCCAGGCUGCUCCGAUCUUUUCUGGUCCGUUGACAGAUAUCUCCAACAAUGUGAGACGGCCGCUGGCGAACCGACCGAAGGAGUCAAUCGAACGGAGGGAAAGAGCUGCCACUCCCGAUUCGCUUGACGAUGUUUUGAAUUACGAUGUUGAUAUGGAGGGCUUUGUCGACGACGAUGAUGGAGCUGGUUACGCCGAGAGCGUCAAUGGACUAGGCAAGCGCGCAGGCUCCCAUCUGGACGAGGCUGACGGCCAUGCGGAUAAACGGUUAUUGACGUCGUUUGCGAAGCCGAAGAUUCACCCUCCUCUUCAGCCCGGAAGCACUCCGUGGCGGGGGAACAGACGGUAUCUCUGCCUGAACCUGACCGGCUGCGUCUGGACGGUCGACCAAGAAACUCACAAUACGGUGACGGUUGAGUUCUACGACCGUGAGCUUCACCGGGACUUUCACUUCACCGAUCCUUAUCUUUAUGAUCGGUCGUGUCUCAACGAGCAUGGGACUCUCUUCUCUAACAACCCGACGGACGGCAGCCCUGCCACGAUCUUCUACCGACCCCAUGAAACAUGGACGACGCGUGCGGACUGGCGGACACAGCUGCCCAAGGGAGAAUUUAUCAGAGCGCUGGCGCUUAGUGAUUCAUACAUUGUCGCUGUGACAACCAAGGACUAUGUCCGUGUAUAUACAUUAUUCGGUACCCCCUUCAAGGUGUACCGACAGAAGAGCCCGGCCGUUACGUGUGCCGCCUGGCGAGACUAUAUUAUGACAGUGGGAAAUGGCCCUCUAGGAAGCGAUGGCCGCAACGCGACACUACGGUACACGGUUGAGAACGUCAAGCGGGACGAGAUCUGCCAGAACGAGGACGUGCUUGCGAUCCCCGAGGGCGCGGAACUACGGAGUGUCUUUUUCUCUGAUGCCGGAGACCCCUGCAUCUACGACUCAGAAGGCGUUCUUUUGGUCCUGCAGCACUGGCGUAGCAAUGGCCAGGCUCGCUGGGUCCCGCUGCUCGAUACCAGACAACUCGAGCGUCUUGCGAGCGGGCGCAAGGAGGAGACGUACUGGCCCGUGGCCGUGGCGCAGGACAAGUUCCACUGCAUCAUCUUGAAGGGAGGAGACAGAUACCCAUACUUCCCACGGCCGCUGCUGAGUGAAUUCGACUUCCGGGUUCCCAUCUCGGACACGCCCGGGAAGGGGCCGGAUGAGGACGAGGAAGAGGGCUCCACGCGCAACGACGGAGCACGAUUCGAGGAAGCCUUUGUUCGGGGCAGUCUCAUGCUGUCACUGUUCGAGGACCUCGUGUCGACCACCAAUGCCACCACGGGCCAGCGGGCGGAAUUGGCGCGGAAGGAGCUGGAAGUGGACAAGAUCCUGCUGCAGCUUCUGGCGGUGGAAUGCCGGGAAGGCGAGGACCGGGGCAUGAAGGCGUUGGAGCUGGUCCAGAUGAUGCGCGACCGCAAUGGCAAGAUGGUCGAGGCGGCCGUGAAGAUUGCGGAACGAUAUGGCCGCGGGCUGCUGGAGGACAAGAUCCGCGAGGUGGCCGAGCGGCGAUAUCUAGGGGCCGACGAUGACGACGAACUGGCCUGAGCGGAGGCUCAUGGCCCAUGUGUAUGACUGCUGUGAAUAAUGCAUCCGGC